CGAAUGUCUGAGAUACGUCGAAUACUAGUCAACUUUUUAUAUUUGUCCCUGUCUUCUGCCCACAAAUUGACUUCGUACAGGAUUACCCUGAGAAAUAUGUGUAUGAAUGAAUUAAAGAAUAGAAUCAUCGAAAUUCUAGCACAAAUUUGAGAGGAAUAGCGGGAAUACCCACCAAAAAAAUAUGCUCGCAUGGGACUCCUUGAAAGUCUUUCUGCCUUGAUUUCUUCCUGGUAUGACGAAUUCCAAACCCCUUCAAAUCCAGUGGAGACGCACCCUCCUGCUUCUCCCCCUCCUCCAGUAAAUUCAAUGGAAAACCCUGCACCUAGGGUUUCUUCUAAUAACGAUAAAGUGCCAGCCAAAAAGUUAUCCCAAAAAUUGAAGGGUUAUUUCGAUCUUGGAAAAGAGGAGAUUGAUAAAGCAAUCUCUUGUGAAGAAUGGGGUUUGCCAGACGAUGCCGUCGCUCAUUAUUUGAAUGCGCAGAGAAUUUUCGCAGAGGCGAUGUCACAACAGGUUACAUUGGACUCAUCCAGUGGUUCUGAGGAGAUCAAGAAUUAUCGAGGAAAGAUAUUGAAAUGGCAAGGGAAAGUUUCUGAGAGGUUACAAAUAUUGAGUCGUCGAUCAGAAGUGACAUCAUCAAAACAGAAAGUUUCAAGGCCCCAGCAAUCUCAAAUUCCAGCUAAAAUGAAUGUUUCAAGGCCUCAGCAAUCUCAAAAACCAGCUAGAAUGAAUAUUUCAAGUCCUGUUAAAUCUCAGAUACCAGCUAGAUCAAAAUCAUUUUCCCAGAAGUCGUCUGGUGCCAAGCAAAAUAUUUCUCAAACAAGUGCCCCGACAAAUAUCUCCAGCAGUUCUCAAUCCCAUGGAACCAAUGUUAAAGGGGUAGAUCCAAAAUUUUCAGAAAUAAUAGAAAGUGUGAUUGUUGAUAAAAGUCCAGCAGUUAAAUGGGAUGAUGUUGCCGGACUUGCAAAAGCAAAACAAGCUUUGAUGGAAAUGGUUAUAUUACCUACCAAAAGAAGUGAUCUUUUCACUGGUCUUAGAAAACCAGCUCGAGGAUUACUUCUUUUUGGACCACCUGGGAAUGGUAAAACAUUGCUGGCUAAAGCUGUGGCAUCAGAAGCAUCAGCCACAUUCUUUAGCAUAGCAGCCUCCUCUUUAACAUCAAAAUGGGUUGGAGAGGGUGAGAAACUCAUGAGGGCUCUUUUUGCUGUUGCAGUUGCAAGGCAACCAUCAGUGAUUUUCAUGGAUGAGAUAGACAGUAUAAUGUCAGCAAGGUCAGCAAAUGAGCAUGAAGCUAGCAGAAGGCUGAAGUCAGAGUUUCUUAUUCAGUUUGAUGGGGUGAUGUCAAAUUCAGAUGAUCGUGUUAUUGUCAUGGGUGCAACAAACAGGCCACAAGAAUUAGAUGAUGCUGUUCUUCGUAGAUUGGUGAAGAGAAUAUAUGUUCCCUUGCCAGAUGCAGAUGUUAGGCGAGUUAUACUGAAGCACCAGCUUAAGGGCCAGGCAUUUUCUCUGCCAGCUGCUGAGUUGGAAAGACUUGUUAAGGACACUGACGGCUACUCUGGAAGUGAUCUACAAGCAUUGUGUGAAGAAGCUGCAAUGAUACCGAUUAGAGAGCUGGGUUCGCGUAUUAGCACAAUUAAGGCAGAUCAGGUUCGUCCAUUGACAUAUGCUGAUUUCAAGGAAGCAUUGAGGGUUAUACGACCGAGUGUAGCAAAGAAUAAAUUGGAAGAAUAUGAAAUUUGGAAUGAAGAGUUUGGCUCAAGAUGAUAAUGGGGGAAAACUUGAAAUCUGCAAUUACAAAUCAAAUUGAUGAGGACUGUGGCCCAUGCAUGCUUUAUCCCAAAUAUCUGAAUGCUUUUUUGAAUGCCUAUAAUAUGCCCUUUCUCAGGAUGAGGAUUUCUAUGCAAUGGAUAUGCUUAUUCAGGAAGCUUUCAGGGUUGUCAGAGCUUAUUGGCUUUAGCAACGAAAAUUAUAAUGUGUAUUUACUGCGAGCUUCGAGUUCUAUGAUGAUGUUGGUAUUGUAUCCUUUGACUAUUAUUUCAGUGUACCCCUAUGCAAAACCAAUCCGUUUCUGUUCUUUUUUCAUGUAUUUUAAGCAAUGCAUUGUACAUAUUUUCUACUGAAAUACAUUUUAGCCUGGCAUUGGCUACCUGUUGAACAGAUUUGUUAUUGUACAGAUUGGGUGUUUUUCAGAAACAUUCAACUAUAUAUUUUGCAAUGGAAAUUCGAUUAAGAUGUUAGGCUUACUAAAA